AUGUCAACAACUUUCUCACAACCGUCAGAUAUGAACGAGAUCUGUUACCAUAUUGAAGGUUUUUUAAAUUGUUCUUACUUCCACAAUGCAACUCAACUUGCCGAGAAACUAAAGAAUAACCCUGACUUGCGGGAACCGCUGAAAGUAGUAGUUGGAUCACAACAGAGGGACGAAUGGGGAGAUCGAUUGGUACCAAACGCUUCAUCACACUCUACUUCCCCGUUUAUUUAUGAGGGCUGUAAAGAAAGUGAUUAUAAAUUAAUUGGUGGAUAUACAGCAUUCGUAAAGUUGGCCAGACAGCGUCAUGGACUGGACGUGCAACAUACAGAAAACGACGAAAAAGGUUGUGCUGGUGGAGUUUGCAAAUUGAAUGGAAAUUAG